AAAUCUGAUGAAAUGGUAUCAUGUUCCUCAGUACAAGAAAUCAGAUCAGCAGAUUUUAUUCCAGGGCCAAAGCUUACAGAAGCAAGGUAAGAGUUCUGAGACUUUUGUACCAGAGCCACUGCUUCAAGUUAAGUAUAUGGACGUACUUCAAGGACCUCAGCUGCAAGGUACAAAACCCAAGGAGCUGACUUCACACACACAAAUGCAAGCUAUGAAACGUGUGGAGAUUAUUCCAUGCUUGAAACAGCAACAUCUAAAAUCUGUGGAUGUAGCCAGAACACAAGGAAUCCAAGGAGUAAAAUUUGUGGAUUUAGCCCCACCACAACAGUGUCAAGGAAUGGCACCAGUGGAUUUAACUCUUGAGCCUGAACGGGAUGGCCAGAUACCUGUAAGCUCACCAGAGUGGAAAUGUGUGAAUUUCAACCAGCUGAAGAGACAGUUUGAGUCAAAAAAUAUACCAUCUUUGGAGUCAAUUCCAGAAACAAAAUCUAAAGAUAUAAAAUGCAUAGAACUAAACUCCAAGGUACAAUCAAAACAUAUGAAAUCAUUGGAAUUGGCUCCUGAACCAGUUGUUGAAAAUGUAAAAGCUAAAGAAUUCAAAUAUGAACCACAGUUACAAAAUGUAAAAUCUGCCGGGUUGACCCCAGGAUCACAGAUGUACCAAGUGAAAGCCUUGGUGCCAACUCUGGAGCCAGAGCUUCAAGGUGCGAAAACGAUAGAGCUAAACAAAGAACCACAGUUUGGAAGUACAAAAUCUGUUCAAUGGCUACCAAUACCCGAGUUCCAUGGUGAAAAAUUUGUAGGGUCAAACCUUAGGUCACAGUCUCAAGGUGCUGAAUGUACAGAAUUGAAGCCACCUACACACUGGAGAGGUAUGAAGUCAUCUGAAUGGACUGUGAGACCCAAACAUCAAGGAGCAAAAUCUGUGGAGUCUAAACUUGAGUCACAGUUGCAGCAACUGAAAACUUCUAUGAUGUCCCUAGCACUAGACUUUCAAAAGAAAAAUUUUACUUCAAUUUCAGCACCACCACUUGAAGGUGCAAUAACUGGGAAGUUAAACAAAGAACGACAGCAUGGAAAUACAAGAUCUAUUCAGUGGCUACCAGGACCUGAGAUCCAAGGUAUGAAGUUUUUAGGAUUAAAUCUUAGGUCACAAUCUCAAGGUGACAAAUCUACAAGAAUGAAGCGAUCCACACAAUUGGGAGGUAUGAAGCCAAAAAUUCAAGGAGAAAAAUCUAUGGAAGUUAAUCUUGGGCCACUGGUACAGUGCGUGGAAACCCCUGCACUGUCCCCAGGACUAGAGCUACAAAAAGAGAAAAUUUUUUCAUCAACCUCAGAGCCAUAGCCACAAAUUGUGAAAACUAUGGGGUUAGGCCAUGAACCACAGCUUGUAAAUACAAAAUCUAUUCAGUGAAUACCAGGACCUGAGUUCCAAGGUAUGAAGUUUUUAGGAUUAAAUGUUGAGUCAAAAUCUCAAAAGGUCAAACCUAAAGAAUUAAUGCCAUCCCUACAUUUGGGAGGUGUAAAGCCAUCUGAAACGGCUCUUGGGCCAAAACCUCAAGGUGAAAAAUCAAUGGAACUUAAUCUUGGGCCACAAGUACAGAGUGUGGAAAUCCCUACAUGGUUCCCAGGACCAGAUCCACAAAAAGGGGAAAAAUUUUCAUGAACCUCAGAGCCACAGCCUCAACAUGUGAAAACUGUGGUGUUAAACUAUGGAUCACAGCUUACAAACACAAAAUCUACUGAGUGGAUAUCAGUGCCUGAGUUCAAAGUUAAGAAGCCUAUGUUGAAUCCUGGGUUACAAUCUCAAGAUGUCACAACUAUAGAGUUGGAGCCUUCAGUACAAUUAAGAGAUGUGAAGACAUCCAUGUUGACUACAAGGCCAAAACUACAAGGUAGACAACCUUUAGUGUCAGACCAGGAACAUCAGCUUCACAGGUUCAAGCCAGGUAUUAACACCAGAGUCAACCAGGAAGUUCUUAAAAGAACCAGCACUAGCUAAUGUCAAAUUUUCAAGUUUGGUUCCAGAACCACAGCAACAAUCUUCAGCAUUUACUUCAGAGCCAAAGUGGCAAAGUGUAAAACAUGUGAAAUUGUCCUCAGUGUCUCUGCCGCAAACUGUAAAAUCUGUGGAUUUACCACCAAGGUCCUUGCUUCGAAGUGUGAAAUCUGGGAAUGUGAAAUCUGGGAAGCAACCCCUGCAAACAAAUGAUCAAAUCACAGAAUCCUCUAAAAUAAUACAUAGACCAGGGCAUCAGUCUGAAGAAUGUGCAGCGAUAAUCUCAAAGGCAUGGCAUCAGAUCCCUAAAUUGGUAAAUUUGAGUUCAGUACCAAUUUCAGGAUCUUCAGAAAUGACAAAAAGAUUGGUACAUAAAAGCACAGAAACUGCAGAGAAAUCUGGGAGGUUAACCCCAAAGCCAGCAAAGAAAGCCACGGACUCUUUAGGGAUGCUUCCACAGCUAGAUCUUCAAGGAUCAGAAUUUGUGGCUCUGACUCCAAUACUAAGCAAAGUUCAAAAUCCUUAGAACUAAUCCCGGAGAAAACUCUGGAGCUGCCUUCUCAGUCAUGGCCUCAAUUGAAAGACUUUGAGGAGUUUCAUACAAAACAAGUUGCUGGAUCAGAAAACACGACUCUGGAUCUCAAGUAUCAUAUCGCAAAAGUGAUAGGGUUGGCUCCUGAAGCAAGACUGCAAGGGAAUGAAUUGCUCAGAAAGACUCCAAAGCCAGUAAGUCAAGAGACUGAAUAUGUAAAACUCAGAGGCCCUGUUCUCAAGAACCUGUGGAAGCAGAUAUAUCCAAGGAAGGAACCAAGAGGAAACACAUGGCGGAAUUAGAGGAUUCACUCCACACCUAUUCUCCAUCUCCACUGAAAUUACCACCUGACAGUUUUCAGGCAGGAUCAGGGGUUCAAAGAGGUCCUACUCAUUCUUUCCUGGGCAGACAACGGAAUGUCUGGGAAAAUCAUACCUGAAGCCAGAGUUUGCUAGAGAAGGGUCCACGUUCUAUGUCACAAACUUCAGUAGCCAAAAACUAUAUUCAGAGGCAUAUUUUAUGCCAUGGUCUUGAAAAAAGACUGCCCCUAAGGAUGUGGACACGUGGCUCCCCAUCUUCCAUAAUUCAACAAUACUCUGGGACUAGACUGGGAAUAAAGAAAACAAACUCAAAGAUCACUGAUGUAGUCCAAACAAUCUCUCAGAACAUGCCUGUCAUGCCUCUCUCAUAUUCAGGGGUCCAGAUUCCCACCUUAGUAAAGUCAGAGUCUGCUCUUAGGAUAUUUUACAAUAGAGAAGAUACUAUUCCCGUGGAAGAGAAUAAAAACUCACAGAGUGAUUCACAGACAAGGAUUUUUGAGUCCCAACACUCCCUCAAGUCAACUUAUCCUUCCAAAGUCAAGGCUGACUUCUCAGAACAGUUCCACAUGCUAAAAGAUCUGCAGCUAAAAAUAGCAGCAAAACUCUUAAGGAGUCAAAUACCCCAUAAUGUCCCUCCACCUCUAGGUUCAGGUCUUGUCCUAAAAUAUCCUAUCUGCUUGCAGUGUGGCCGGUGCUCAGGAUUUAAUUGCUGUCAUAAAUCACAGUCUACUUUGGGGUCUUAUCUUCUUAUCUACCCACAACUCCACCUUUCAAGCACUCCCGAAGGCCAGGGUGAGCUUCGGUUGCAUCUUGGCUUUAGAUUGCGAAUGGGGAAGAAGGUCACUGUAUCACCAUCACAAAGGAAAGCUAAAAUCUAUAAUUCAGUUUCCAAGAAUCCUCCUCCUUCAAGAUAUUUCCAGUCUGGAUCUUCCCAGUCCCCACCUUCUGCACAAGUCCACAUUAGGCAAAAGCAUGGUGUGGUAGGAAAGAGAGAAAUCAAAGAGUCUGGGCACUAUGAAUUCUGUCAAGUUCAUCCCUUAUCAGAGAGUGGCUUUGAACGUAAUCGGGAUGACAGAUGGGCAAAAGUGCGCAUCAAAAAGAGCUCUGACUUGAAAUAUCCAAUGAAGAGAGUCACCAAGGGACUCAGAACACAAAACACAAAGCUCUCCAAAGACAGUACUGGAGAACUGCCAGACCCUUUAAGAAGGAAGAAUAUUGAAAUAACUCAAACAAGUACUGCUUCCUCAAAAAGGCAACCUAAGAAAUCUUCCCAGCCCAGGUUCAUGCAGCUGCUUUUCCAGGGUCUGAGGCAGGCAUUCCAAUCGGCAUAUAGAAUGGUAGCAGCUACUGGACAAAAGUCUAAGCCAGACAAUUUGUUGUCAAGCAGAAACUACCAUCCAAAUCCAAAAGUCAAGGAUUAUCACUUACCAGGAAAUAGCAACCUGCCAGCUCCAACCACUAAGCAAGAGGACCUAUUACAGGGAACAAGUGACAAAUGCAGAAAAGCUCAACAGCCAAAAAGAGCAAGUGCUUCCCAACCCAGAGUUCUCCAAGUGCCCGAGACCAUAGUCUCUGAAACAGACAUCACUAUACAAACGACCUCAAGCCUACAGCCUUUGAGUGUAGUUCAAAAUGUCCACAGGAGAACAGUUAAAAACUUUUGUAGUGACGAAAUCUCCGGCCUAGAGCCCAAGAACAUUCUCAAACCAGGAGCCAAAUUUCAGGCCCAAGAGAGAAUUCUACCAGGUUCCCUUUUGGAGAAAACCCUACACUUUACAGAUGGACACACACACAAAGAAGGGAACCAGCACAGCUUGUACAGGGGGGAGAGCCCUCUGCACCCAACUUUCUGAAAGGAGCCAUCGAACUCCCCCUGGGAGGAGACACCGAAGUCCCUCGGGGAGAAAGCAUGGCAGUUCCUCUGAGAGAAUCCUUAGAAGUCGCUCUGAGGGGCGCCAUCACAGUCCCUCCACGAGGAGACCACCCAGGUCCUCUGGGAGGAGCCCUCGCAGUCCCUCCGAGAGGAAACGACACAAGGGCCCACACAGUCAUUCCGACAGGCGCCAGCACAGUCAUGAGAGAGGUCCCAGUCCCUCAAAAAGGAGCCAUCUCAGUCGCAAAUGGAGGCCAAGUUACAGCCCCUCAGACGAGAGCCAUGGCAGUCUCGCUGACAGAACCUUUUCCAGUCCCGUUGGCAUGAGAAGACACAGUUCCUCUGGAAGAAGCCACCACAGUCUCUCUAGGCGGAAGUCGCACAGGUCCUCUGGGAAGAUCCAUCGCAGCCACUCUCAAAGAACUCAUUACAGCCCCUCCGAGAGGGGUCGGCGCUAUCACUCCGAGAGGCACUCACACAGUCCCAAGGAGAGGCUUCAGCACUGUUCCCCACAGGAAAGGUCCAGGCACAGUUUGUCCAAACAGCUCAAGACUUAUUUUAGUAUGUCUCCUAGGGAUCACAGUAAGAAACCCAAAAGCUGGGCACGUUCAGAGGCCUGAAGUUAGUAGAUCAGGAGAGAUCUGCCCCUAUUAGAGAGAUCUCAAGUCUUCACCUAGCUGCCCCUUCCUGCCUUCUUUCCUGCUCAGCCACUGCCUCCAGGUGUGCACCCCGAGACAUGAAAGGGCUUGACCUGAGGAGAAGGGUGAGAGGUAAUUUCGCCAAGAUUAAUAAAGGGCCAGUGAAUGAACUCUGCAUCUAUGAGACCGUUGGUGUGGUGGGUGGGUGGAACUCCGCGUGCUGCAAAGCCGUUAAACGGCCGAGUGACAUCCCUUGCCUCCGCCCAUUGGCUCCAACCCUCCCCUGGACCCUCAUCCUCGGCUCCCGUUGCGACGGGGGACGGGGUCUGCAAGGAAUCAGACGGUGACUCAUCACGUGACUUUUCCCAGCCGCAGCCCUCCCGACUCCCCUGUCCCGGCUCCUCGGAAACUGCUAGGCUGAAGUAGACGUUCUGAACAGGGCUAGGCGGCGCCGAGAACACAUCCGGGAGAGGCGAGGAGAGCGGAAGUGGCGUUGGUGUGGCCGGAGCCCUUGAGUGAAAUUGUUAGGCGUGGAGGAGGAGUGAUGUCUUCCAGACUCGGUGCAGUCCCCGCCGUGAGUUUCUGGAUGUGACCGUAGUAGACUCCCAGAGCAAGUAGACUAGCAAAAAUAACCUUACCAGUGAGCUCUGGGUUUGACUGAGACACCCUACCUUCAGAAGGUGCAAGAGCAAUUGAGGGUGAAUCCUGGCAUCACCCACAGACCUCCAUGUGCACACAUGAAAAAAUGGAAGAAGGAAAAAAAUUAUCUUAUAAAAUAGUAGGUUGCCAUAUGGCUUUUUCAUGCAUGCUUAGUUUUAGUUGAUCUCCUACUCUCCUCUCUCCAUUCCUCUCACUCCCAACUCAUUUUAAACCUUUCCUCUUCCAGUAUUCUCCCCUUUUUUCAUUUUAAAGUCCAGGUUUCUCUUUGGUAUUUUUUUUUUUUGGACUGGAAUAAUUUGCUUUCCUAUUUCUUGCACAGAAGAUCUAAGAACAAAUUCUUGGAUUUUUGUUUUUGUUUUUUCUUUUCAUCUAAAGAAAUAUUGUUUAGGAUAUUCUCAGUGAAGAUAGAAUUCUGAAUUGACAAAUCUUUUCUUUCAAGAUUUUAAAAACAUUGUUGCACUGCCUUCUGGCCUCUUUGGUUUCUUGGGAAAGCUGUCAUCCUAGGAAUCACUGUUCCUUGUAAUAUAAAAUGUUACUUUUCUGAAGCUAUGCUCUAGAUCCUUUUGAAAAGUUUUUGUUUUGAAUAGUUUAAGAUGCAUCUAGCUUUGCUCUGUUUUGAGCAACACUGGGGAUCCAGUGUUCCCUCUAAUCUCCACAGGCAUUGCA